AACCGUGUGUGAAUGGCCUGUGCAGCGUCAAAAAACGGGGCUGUAACUCGUCUACACUCGAACUGAUUCCUGAAAAUCGAGUAAAAGAGGUCGCUAGAGCAGUAAUUUAGGUCGUCGCUGGAAGCGCAAGUCCGCUUUCUGUGCAGUGCAAGUCAGAUAGCAUUAGCUAGCCAGUUAGCUUUCCUGGGUUCCGCUGUGAGGACGGGCAGACUGGGUUAAAACUACUUAAAAAAGUGGGUGCCGGAGUGUUUCCCCUCCCGCCUCUGUUAGAAAUGGCGCAGCGCGUGGCUGUGAAUGAUGCCGCUGGAGUUAAACGGACGUCCAGGGUUCGUGUGGCGGUGCGGCUGCGCCCCUACAUAGGCAAGGAGGACGAAAAGGGAGAAGGACCUUGUGUCCGAGGAUUAGGACCGCAAACUCUGGAGAUCAUCAACUGGAGGAAUGCCACAGAGACUUUGCAGUAUCAGUUUGAUGUUUUCCAUGGAGAGCAAACAACUCAACAAGAAGUGUUUUUGUCUUCUGUGAAGCCCAUUACCCCCCACAUUCUUAAUGGGCAGAAUGCUAGCGUCUUUGCCUAUGGACCCACGGGAGCUGGAAAGACCCACACCAUGCUAGGCAGUCAGGAGCAUCCGGGAGUGAUCCCCCGGGCAGUUCGUGAGGUAUUCCAACUGGUGCGCAUCCAAGAGAGAGACCAGGAUGAAUGGCAGUUCUCUGUGGGCAUGUCAUAUCUAGAAAUCUACAAUGAAAAGGUUUUGGAUCUCUUGUCUCCAAGCUCUCAGGAUCUACCAAUCCGCGAAGACAAAGAUAAAAACAUCGUCAUCCCAGGCUUGACUCACACUCCCCUCUCUUCCUUUUCGGAUUUUGAUGCACACUUUGUUCCAGCCAGUCUAAACCGCACCACAGCCUCCACCAAACUCAACCAACGCUCCAGUCGCAGCCACGCGAUCCUUCUCAUCAAGGUGGUGAAGUCUCAGCGUAUCCCUCCUCACCGACAGCAGACGGGGAAGCUCUACCUAGUGGACCUGGCCGGUUCAGAGGACAACCGGCGAACGGGUAACCAGGGUAUCCGCUUAAAAGAGAGUGGCGCGAUCAACUUAUCCCUCUUCACCCUCAGCAAAGUGGUGGACUCUUUGAACGCUGGGGCUGCGGGCCGCGUGCCCUACAGGGACAGCAAACUCACCCGCCUGCUGCAGGAUUCGCUGGGAGGCUCAGCCCAUUCAGUGAUGAUCACAAACAUUGCCCCCGAGUACAAGUUCUACUUUGAUACGUUCACUGCUCUCAACUUCGCCGCCAAGUCCAAGCACAUUGUUAACCGGCCGUUUGUCCGAGAGACUGUGAUGGCCCCUGUGAACGGGAAGAGGGCAAGGGAGGAGCAGGAGGCUGGGGGAUCAGGAGAACCCCAGAAUAAGAGGUUGAAUGUGGGCAAAAAAGCAGAACUGCCAUCACCAUUACACACACAUCCACACAGCCCAGCAGAUUCCUCAGUGUUGGACAGACUUCUGGCUCUGGAGAAAAUGAUGUUGGGCUCCCCAGAGAGAGAGAGGCUCAACCUACUGAAGACUGUCGCCCAAUCCCGCAGAGAGAUCCAGAAACUUAAGGAGAAGCAGAAAGAGUUGGAAGAAAAGGCAAGCAUGUUGAAUAAAGUGGCUGGUGGUCAGAGUGCAGUGAUGGGUAAGAAAGACAGUGAAGCACCGCUCUUCAGAACAGAUCUGAACCUUUUGCACAGGAAGGAGUCUACAGCAGCCAGACCUAAGAAACAGCAAGCAGUCGUCACCCCGCUACAAGUGUCUCAGGUGCAGCCCCUACAGCAGUGUGCUGUGGUUUGUAAACCAUCCCAAGCAUUGGGCAAGAAGAAAAAACAUAUCCAGAAGAUCUCAGACGGUAAGGAGAACAGUAGUAAGGAGCCCUCCAGUGGAGAGGAGGUGAACUGGGAGUCCCGACUAGACUCAUCGCUACUAGAGCAGUCAAAACAAAAAAUCCUCCAAACGCUCAACUCGGGCUCACUGAAAGAGCUGAAGAGCCUGCAGCUCAUUGGGGAUAAGAAGGCCAAACUCAUUUUGGGAUGGAGAGAAAUCAAUGGAGACUUCACCCAGAUGGAAGACUUGAAGAAAAUCGAAGGCAUAACAGCAAAACGUUUCUCCUCUUUCAUCAAGGCCAACAUUCUCAGUGCGAUGGGGCAGUGAUCAUGCAUGUUCCUGUCGAGCUGUAAGAAUAAUGGAUCAUUUAGUUUUUCUUUUUAAAUAAACAUUUUACUUAUUGCUUUUAACUGUUCUUGUGCUACGUUUUUCUGUUCACUGGCAUGCUGCUUAAUAAAUUGCAUUACAGUCCCA